UGUAUUUUCAAUGCCUAAAUAUCUUACAUUAUAUUACUCGACAGGAAAAACGACAUGCUAAGCCGUCUGUUGCCAAAGUAUUUUCACCUGAAGUCACUUGUGAUGACAUGAAAGAUCGGGAUCUUGAAGGCACAAAAAAUGUGUGUAUGAUAUUGAUUGCAAAUAUCGAUGGAGAAUUAUGUCCAUCUACAGUUACACAGUUCUUGCAGAGGCAUACUUUAGUAUCAGCUAGAGUCUUAUUUUUUCCAAAUUUGUCAUCGGAUGUAUAUACCAGGGGAGCCAUUAUAUUGGAUUCUGAAAAAGAGCUCCAAAAGAUGUGUGGCUUUCUAAAUGAUCCCAACUGCAUCAUAACGUCUUCAACUGGCAGGCCAUGGGUGAUACUUGAAAAGCUAGUGGGGCUAAAAGAAAUUAAAUCAUCAAUAGGAACAUUUGGGCAUACAUCAGAGGUUCAGAAGAUGACUGCCGAAGUUGUUGAGGGUAAUGACGAUUGUAUUCACUCUUCUAUUGUGAUUAGGAUGACAAAAGCUUAAUCCAACUUAUUUUGAGUAUAUCACGAAAAGGAAAGAGUGGAACAAGCACCGAUUUGAAGGUUCUGUGCCCAGGUACUCAAGAAUUCAAGAGAGCUAGUGAUAUGAGGAAUUUGCUUUUUGAAUUUAUUAGUCAUCAAGAGCGACUACAUAAGAGACUUGCACUUGAGGAGAGAAGGAUAUUUGCUGAUGAACAACCUACAUGUUCGGAUUAAGGGAUAUAUAAAAGAAACAAGAAAGGACUGGAAAAAGUUUUUCUACUGAUUUUGUACGUAAUUGAGAAGUAAUGUAAUUUUAUAAAAUAUAUUUCUUUCUGUAUAAGGUUUGACUGACACAUGAACUCAAUUGAUUAUUUUGUCUGCAGUUGUCAAACUAAAUAUCGUUAUUGCUUCCUA